AUGGGCUGGCAAGUUGACAACGUCACAGUGGGAUUAGCAGCCUUAUUAGCUGUUCUUGCAUACGCUUAUACAAAGACAAAUCGGGCUCCUGAUGUGUAUCCCAUACAUUUGAGGCAACAGGCUGAUGUCUCGAGGACUCGAAACAAGGGCGAGUCAGCUAUCUAUCGAUCUCGAGUCACUCCAAAUGGCACACCUCUCUUACAAGCACCUGAAGCUGGAGUCAAAACUGCUUAUGACAUGUUUCAAGUCUCGGUUAAGAGGAGGCCAAGCAAGGAGUAUCUGGGAAGGCCCAACAAGGAUGGAAAAUACGAGUACUUUACGUUUUCCGAAAUCAAUGCUCGCGUCACUCAUUUUGGAUCUGGGCUGAUUUCAUUUUGUAAACUGGCCACUGGAAAAGAAACCCCUGUAGGCAUUUAUCAUCGAAAUAGUGUUGAGUGGGCUAUCACGGAUCUUGCUUGUUGUGCGUAUUCUCUUAUAUCCGUCCCCAUGUAUGAUACAUUCGACAGUGAAGCCCUACAGUAUAUCAUCAUGAACACCUCGAUUUCUGUUGUCGUGGUUGGAGGACAUCUGUUGGAACGAUUGUUGAGUAUUGCUAGUGCAUCGCCUGUAAUGAAGUAUGUCAUCGUCGCCGAUAUGCCAACCUUGGAUCCAAACAUUGUCGAGAAAGCUGCUGCUAUUGGUGUCACAAUCUUGACUUUUGAAGAAGUCGAAGUGCAUGGAAAGGCACAUUUACUACAACACGUACCUCCCAAGGCGUCUGACUUGAUGACCAUCUGCUACACAUCUGGCACCACUGGUACUCCAAAGGGCGUUAUGUUGACGCACUUAAAUAUAACAUCUGCUGGUGCAGGUCUCAUGGCAGUUUUACCUCCAGCCUUCAGAUUGACCGAAGCUGACCGUCACUUGUCUUAUCUGCCUGCUUCACACAUGUUUGAAAGAAAUGUGUUCCAUUGUGUGACUUAUCAUGGUCUGACAAUUGGCUUCUCACGUGGUGAUGUAGCCAAGCUCUUUGAAGACAUUGCGUCCUUCCGUCCGACCAUCUUCCCAUCUGUACCUCGACUUCUUGUUCGUCUACACGACCGCAUUCGUCUUGGAAUUGAUCGUGGCUCACCUCUUGUUCGAUUCCUGUUUAAUAUGGCUUACUCUAUGAAGAAGCGGGAAUUGAAUGCCGGUCGUGUUUCAAAUAAUACUAUAUGGGACAGGCUUGUAUUCAAGAGGAUUCAAAAUCUGUUUGGUGGUCAAUUGAGGUUUAUGAUUACUGGUGCUGCACCAAUCUCAACUGACGUUAUCGAGUUUUUGAGAAUCAUCUUUGGUUGCCAAGUGCUAGAGGGUUUUGGGGCUACUGAGACUACGGCCGCUGGUCUCAUUACCAUGUUUGGUGACUACAGCUUUGCAUACGGCUCUCACGUUGGCACGCCCUUUGCCUCGUGUGAGAUCAAACUGAUUGAUGCACCAAGCAUGAACUAUUUGACAAGUGAUCAGCCAAAUCCACGUGGUGAAUUGUGUAUCCGAGGACCAUUGGUCAUGUCUGGAUACUAUAAGGAACCAGUCAAGACUGCUGAAGCUUUGGAUGCUGACGGAUGGUUCCAUACUGGGGACGUUGCAGAAAUACUUCCAAACGGAACUACCAAAAUCAUUGAUCGGAUCAAGAAUCUGUUUAAGCUGAGUCAAGGAGAGUACUGUGCGCCCGAGAAGAUCGAAACCAAAAUCAAGACUCAAUUCGUCGCUCAAGUCUGGCUAUAUGGAGAGCCCGUGAAAUCAGCUUGUGUUGCGAUUGUCGUGCCUGAUCUUGAUAACUUGGUCCCUUGGGCGAAACAGAAUGGUCUCACACACGAUCCGGAAGAGUUGAUUAAACUUGAGAAAGUCAGGAAUCUGAUUCAUCAAGAUAUGCUCGAGUUGGGUAAAGACAAUGGUCUUCUUGGAUUCGAACUUCCAAAAGCUAUUACCUUGACUACAGAAACCUUUACUGUCGAGAACGGUUUGCUGACUCCUACAUUCAAAAGCAAACGCCCUCAACUAAAGAGCAAGUUCCAGAAGGAGUUGGAUGCAAUGUAUAAGGAGUUGGGGUUGUGA